GCUCCCUCCGGUCUGCAGAGAUGUGCUCUGAGCUCAGCCGGCAGGAGUAAGGAGUGAGGGGGCUUUUCAGCCUCAGCUCUGCGGACACGGCGGCGGCAUGGAAGAUGAGUUACCAGUAAGGCCAAGGACUCAGAUUCAGAGCAGGGUGCUGCUCCUGACCAUCUGUGCAGCUGGCAUCGGUGGAACUUUUCAGUUUGGCUACAAUCUCUCCAUCAUCAAUGCCCCAACCUUGUACAUUCAGGAAUUCAUCAAUGAAACCUGGCAAGCAAGAAGUGGCAAACCACAGCCUGACCACCUGAUUCUACUUGUAUGGUCUCUGAUCGUGUCUCUAUACCCUCUGGGGGGCCUCUUCGGAGCACUGCUUGCAGGACUCAUGGCCAUCAGACUAGGAAGGAAGAAGUCCCUCUUAGUGAAUAACAGCUUUGUGGUGGCUGCAGCCAUCAUGUUCGGCUUCAGCCGCAAAGCACGCUCCUGUGAGAUGAUCAUGCUGGGAAGACUGCUCAUGGGAGUCAAUGCAGGUGUGAGCAUGAAUAUUCAGCCCAUGUACCUGGGGGAAAGUGCACCCAAGGAGCUUCGAGGAGCAGUGGCCAUGACCUCAGCCAUCUUCACAGCCCUGGGCAUCGUGAUGGGGCAGGUGGUUGGACUCAGGGAGUUCCUGGGCAGCCUAGAGGUCUGGCCUUGGCUGCUAGCCAGUUGCCUGGUACCUGGGGUAUUGCAGCUCACCACUCUACCCCUGCUCCCUGAGAGCCCACGGUACCUCCUCAUUGACUGUGGAGACACUGAUGCCUGUCUGGCAGCCCUGAAACGGCUGCGGGGCACAGGAGAUGUGACAGGGGAGCUGGAGGAGCUGGAGAAGGAGCGUGCCGCUUGCCAGGGCCAUCAUGCACAGAGCCCAUGGGAACUUUUACAGGAUCCCACCCUUCGGAGGCAGGUGACCAGCCUCGUGGUGCUGGGCAGUGCUAUGGAGCUUUGUGGGAACGAUUCGGUAUAUGCGUACGCCUCCUCUGUGUUCCGGGAGGCAGGAGUACCAGAGGAGAAGAUCCAGUACACCAUCAUCGGGACUGGGAGCUGCGAGCUGCUCACAGCUUUUAUUAGUUGUGUGGUGAUCGAGAGGGUGGGACGGCGGGUGCUGCUGAUGACGGGCUACUGCCUGAUGACCUGCUGGGGGAGUAUCUUCACAGCUGCCCUGUGCCUGCAGCGUUUCUUCGCCUGGAUGCCCUACCUGGCUAUGUCCUGCAUCUUUGCCUUCAUCCUCAGUUUUGGCAUUGGUCCUGCUGGAGUGACAGGAAUCCUGGCCACAGAGCUGUUUGACCAGAAGGCCAGACCUGCUGCCUAUACGAUCUGUGGGGCGCUUAUGUGGACCAUGCUCUUCCUGAUUGGGCUAGUUUUCCCAUUCAUCAUGGAAGGCUUGUCCCACUUAGUCUAUGUUCCUUUCGUCUGUGUCUGUAUCUGUGGGGCCAUCUACACAGGCUUGUUCCUCCCUGAGACCAAAGGCAAAACCUUCCUAGAGAUCUCCAAGGAAUUGCAAAGGCUUAACUUGCCCCGCCAGACUGGAAGCCCCAGGUGGACUGGUCCAGAGGUCAUCCAGUCCACGAAGGUCUAACUGCGAAGCUGUGGCCAGGAGCCCAAACCGGUUGCCUUUUCCUUUGUUACCUGCAUUCAUUUUCUCCCGCCUUUAGCAAGUGUUUAUUGGGCACUCACUGUGUCCAGAUGUGGUACUGGGUGCUUGGCAAUUGGUGGGAGAUAGAGAGACAUGAUGUAGGACUGCGUGGUGUCCCCAUUUAUAAAUAAUUGACAGAAAACCAAUAGAAAUAAUCAUAGCCAGGUGCCAGUGGCUCAUGCCUGUAAUCCUAGCUACUUAGGAGGCUGAG